ACGACCUGGUCGCAUCGUGGUGCGAGGUGUUCUCCCAAGGAUGCAGACGGGCUCGGACACAGCUUGCAGCGUGUGAGCAUGAUGGUGAUCUUGCUGAACUGUGUCACGUUGGGAAUGUACCAACCCUGCGAGAACAUCGACUGCUCCUCCGAUCGAUGUCAAAUACUGCAGGCCUUCGACGCCUUCAUCUACAUUUUCUUCGCCAUGGAGAUGGUCAUCAAGAUGGUGGCGCUGGGGAUCUUCGGCCGCCGCAGUUACCUGGGCGACACGUGGAACCGGCUGGACUUCUUCAUCGUCAUGGCAGGGAUGGUGGAAUACUCUCUGGACCUGCAGAACCUCAACUUCACAGCCAUCAGGACGGUCCGCGUCCUGCGCCCGCUCAAAGCCAUCAACAGAGUGCCCAGCAUGCGCAUCCUGGUCAACCUGCUCCUGGACACGCUGCCCAUGCUGGGCAACGUCCUGCUGCUCUGCUUCUUCGUCUUCUUCAUCUUCGGCAUCAUCGGCGUGCAGCUGUGGGCGGGGCUUCUGAGGAACCGCUGCUACCCCGAGGAGAACUUCACACUCACGUACGGCGUCAGCCUGCCGCGUCCUUACUACAUGGCGAGCGAGGACGACGAGCGGCCCUUCAUCUGCUCGCUGCCCGUGGACAACGGCAUCAUGUCGUGUCUGGACGUGCCGGCGCGCCGCGAGGGAGGCCGCACGUGCUGCCUGGACAAGGACGAUGUGCUCUACCGCCAGUCGCUGGGUCUCAGCGUGGAGCCGCCCGCCAACGGCAGCGUGGGCGCGUCGGGCCUCUGCGUCAACUGGAACCGGUACUACACCAGGUGUCACACCGGCUCCAGCAACCCGCACAAGGGCGCCAUCAACUUCGACAACAUCGCCUACGCCUGGAUCGUCAUCUUCCAGGUGAUCACCUUGGAAGGCUGGGUGGAGAUCAUGUACUACGUCAUGGACGCUCACUCCUUCUACAACUUCAUCUACUUCAUCCUGCUCAUCAUCGUGGGCUCCUUCUUCAUGAUCAACCUGUGCCUGGUGGUCAUCGCCACGCAGUUCUCCGAGACCAAGCAGCGGGAGCACCAGCUGAUGCAGGAGCAGCGGGCGCGCUGCUCGUCCUCCUCCACGCUCGCCAGCGAGCCCGGCGACUGCUACGAGGCGCUCUUCCAGCUCAUCUGCCACAUGAUCCGCAAGGCCCGCAGGCAGACCGUCACCCUCCUCAACGCCGUGCGCGGGAAACCCCGCGGCUUUGGGGGCGUGGGCAGAGGCAGGAGAGGCGACGGCAGGGAGCGCAACGCCAACGGGAGAGGAGGGCGGGAGCGACGAGACGCCUUCCGACCAGGUCCACCCUGCCCCCACCGCCACAGAGCCCACCACGCCCCCUCAGGUGAGCCCACGGCGCUCACCACCGCCUGCCCCAAUGCGACGGGGUGGUGGCGGCCAAGGAGGAGGCGGAGGCGGAGGAGGGGGCGGGGAGGAGGCGGACACGAGGCUGUGGUACGAGGUGAGGAUGAAGCUGUGGGCCAUCGUGGAGAGCAACUGGAGUCGCACCUUCCGCUGAACUUUACUCCGUGUUGGAAGUGGCUUUUCACUGGGAUCGUAGGCCUGUGUCGCCAUGGAGACCAUCUCCAUGGAAACAAGCGCUGGGUUUUGCACCAGCAUCCUUUUGUCUCUUUGGAAUGUUCCCUCAUUGGUCAUUGGCUGCUGUUCCUUGGCGGCUCAUCAAGCAGGGCUCCGGGCUGCACGAGUGCCGCCGGCACUGGGAAGCUGCGGUUCGCUUUUGUGGAAGAUCCCGAGGAGCUGACCAACGUUCUGGAGAUCUGCAACAUCGUCUUCACCAGCAUGUUCUCUCUGGAGAUGAUCCUCAAGCUCACCGCCUUCGGCUCCUUCAACUACUUGAGGAACCCUUACAACGUCUUCGACGGCGUCAUCGUCAUCAUAAGCGUCUGCGAGAUCGUGGGUCAGUCCGACGGCGGCUUGUCGGUGCUGAGAACCUUCCGGCUGCUGCGUGUGCUCAAGCUGGUCCGGUUCAUGCCGGCCCUGAGGAGACAGCUGGUGGUCCUGAUGAAGACCAUGGACAACGUGGCCACCUUCUGCAUGCUGCUCAUGCUCUUCAUCUUCAUCUUCAGCAUUUUGGGGAUGCACAUCUUUGGCUGCAAGUUCAGUCUGAAGACGGAGACGGGAGACACGGUCCCAGACAGGAAGAACUUUGACUCGCUGCUGUGGGCCAUCGUCACCGUCUUCCAGAUCCUGACCCAGGAGGACUGGAACGCCGUCCUGUACAACGGCAUGGCGGCCACCUCGCCCCUGGCCGCGCUCUACUUCGUGGCCCUGAUGACCUUUGGGAACUACGUCCUCUUCAACCUGCUGGUGGCCAUCUUGGUGGAGGGCUUCCAGGCGGAGGGCGACGCCACCCACUCCUACUCGGACGACGACCGCUCCUCUUCCAACUUUGACGAGAGCGAGAGGCACGAUUCCAUAAAACUGUCCGACCCCAGGAUCUGUAGCUUGACGCCCAACGGUCACCUGGAGCUGGGGUCCCGGAGGUCACACUCCUCGGAGAGGCGGAGCUUCACCGGCGAGUCCCGGAAGAGCAGCGUGAUGAGCAAAGGUAGCCUGGAGAGACGCUCUCUCUCUCUGCGUCACAGUCGCAGUUCCACCUACCACAACUGGGGGCGCCCUGUGCGGCCGCAGGGAGCGUGGACUCGCAGGUCCAGUUCCAACAGUCUGGGUCGGAGAAACCACGGCCACGGCGGGGCCCCCCAGGUGGGCGGCAGCCUCCGCCUGCACAGCACCCGCACCCCCUACCCCUACCCCCCCGCCCCCGAGCAGGAGUCCCUUCUCUCCAGGCCCCCGCACCACCCUCCGCCCCCGCCCGGCUUCCUCCUGUCCAGACACUUGGCCGCCGGAAGGGACCGCCGGGCGUUGUCCUUGGAGCUCCCCGAGCUGCCCCAGGCGGGCGGCCAUCCCCCCUGCCCGCCCCCCUGCCUGCCCCCCUGUCCGCCCCUUGUCAACACCGACUCGGGGAAGCGGUCCGGAGCGGGCGGCUCCAUCACGGAGGGUUCCGGAAGCGGUUUCGGGACGGACCACCGGGACUGCAACGGCAAGACGCCGGGUCACCACAGCCUCUUGAUGGUGGACGUUUUCCCCCAAGUCAACGCCCGGAAAGAACGGGCCGACCUGGACGAGGAGACCGACUAUAGUGUUUGUUUCCGGGUGCAGAAGAUGUUCGAGGUGUACAAACCCGACUGGUGUGACAGCAGAGAGGACUGGUCCGUCUACUUCUUCUCCCCUCAUAACAAGUUCCGGCUGCUGUGUCAGUCCAUCAUCGCUCACAAGCUCUUUGACUACGUGGUCCUGGUCUUCAUCUUCCUCAACUGCAUCACGGUGGCUCUGGAGAGGCCCAGGAUCCUUCAGGGCAGCCUGGAAAGGCUCUUCCUCACUCUCUCCAACUACAUCUUCACCGCCAUCUUUGUCGCCGAGAUGACUGUCAAGGUGGUGUCCAUGGGCCUCUACCUGGGAGAGAAGGCCUACCUGAGGAGCAGCUGGAACAUUCUGGACGGCUUCCUGGUCUUCGUGUCGCUCAUCGACAUCGUGGUGUCCAUGGCGGGCGGCGCCAAGAUCCUGGGCGUGCUGCGCGUCCUCCGGCUGCUGCGGACGCUGCGUCCCCUGCGGGUCAUCAGCAGGGCCCCCGGCCUCAAGCUGGUGGUGGAGACCCUCAUCACCUCCCUCAAGCCCAUCGGCAACAUCGUCCUCAUCUGCUGCGCCUUCUUCAUCAUCUUCGGCAUCCUGGGAGUUCAGCUGUUCAAAGGCAAGUUCUACUACUGCGUGGGCGUGGACGUGAAAAACAUCACCAACAAGUCCGACUGCCUGGCUGCCAACUACCGAUGGGUUCAUCACAAAUACAACUUUGACAACCUCGGACAGGCUCUGAUGUCCUUGUUCGUGCUGGCCUCCAAAGACGGAUGGGUCAACAUCAUGUACCAUGGUCUGGAUGCGGUGGGGAUAGACCAGCAGCCGGCGACCAACACCAGCCCGUGGAUGCUGCUCUACUUCAUCUCCUUCCUGCUCAUCGUCAGCUUCUUCGUGCUCAACAUGUUCGUGGGCGUGGUGGUGGAGAACUUCCACAAGUGUCGGCAGCACCAGGAGGUGGAGGAGGCGCGGCGGCGCGAGGAGAAGCGCCAGCGCCGCAUGGAGAAGAAGAGGAGGAAGGCCCAGAAGCUUCCCUACUACGCAUCGUACGGCCCAGCCCGCCUGGCCAUCCACACGCUGUGCACCAGCCACUACCUGGACCUGGUCAUCACCUUCAUCAUCUGCAUCAACGUCAUCACCAUGUCCCUGGAGCACUACAGCCAGCCGCAGUCUCUGGAAACGGCGCUGAAGUACUGCAACUACUUCUUCACCUCCACCUUUGUCAUCGAAGCCACGCUCAAGCUGGUGGCCUUCGGGUUCCGGCGUUUCUUCAAAGACAGGUGGAACCAGUUGGACCUGGCCAUUGUGCUGCUGUCAGUGAUGGGCAUCACGCUCGAGGAGAUUGAGAUCAAUGCCUCCCUUCCCAUCAACCCCACCAUCAUCAGGAUCAUGAGGGUGCUCCGGAUAGCACGAGUGUUGAAGUUGUUGAAGAUGGCCACCGGGAUGAGAGCGCUGCUGGACACGGUGGUCCAGGCUCUGCCUCAGGUGGGGAAUCUGGGCCUGCUCUUCAUGUUGCUCUUCUUCAUCUACGCGGCGCUCGGCGUCGAGCUCUUUGGUGAGCUGGUGUGUAACCUGGACUAUCCCUGCGAGGGCAUGAGUCGCCACGCCACCUUCGAGAACUUCGGGAUGGCCUUCCUCACCCUCUUCCAGGUCUCCACGGGCGACAACUGGAAUGGCAUCAUGAAGGACACGUUACGGGAGUGCCCGCCAGGCCGCCUGGGCGGCGACUACGGCUGCCACCCGGGCCUGCAGUUCAUCUCGCCGCUGUACUUCGUGUCCUUCGUGCUGACGGCGCAGUUUGUCCUCAUCAACGUGGUGGUCGCCGUGCUCAUGAAGCACCUGGACGACUCCAACAAGGAGGCCCAGGAGGACGCCGAGAUGGACGCCGAGAUCGAGCUGGAGCUGGCCCAGGGGGGCCUCUGCUGCAUGAUGGGGGGCAUCGGGGCCAUCGCGGGGGCCACCGCCGCCGCCGGCAUUGGCGGCGGAGCACCGGCCGCCGCCGCCACCAGCGCCAUGGCGGCGGGCUCCGUCGGCGGCCUGAGCUGCGCUUUGAUGGCGACACCAAAGGACGGCGGAGGAGGAUGCGGUGGUCCUCAGCACAGAUGUCGACUUUAUUCUCCUGCUCAGGAGAGCCAGUGGCUGGACAGCGUGUCCCUGCUCAUUAAGGACUCGGGGGAAGGCGACAUGAUCGACAACCUCUCGGGUUCCGUCUUCCAUCACUACUGCUCAGCUCCCGUCUGCCAGGACUGCGAGGGACACCCGCAGGAGAUCCGGCUGGCGGAGGUCGAGCAGACGUCGCUGAUUUCGGAGCAGCUGUCGGACCGCUCGUCAUCUACGGCGCUGCCUGAUGACCUCAGCCUGGACGAACAUGGGAGCUAUCAGCUGCUGGUCGGAGGAAGUCAGAGGGGCAGCAGCGACUCCCAGAGUUCGGGGGAGUCGGCCACCGUGGGGCGCUACAGCGGGCGCCGUCAUCCCGGGGGCGACGAGGACGAGGAGGAGGAGGAGGAGGCGGUCCGGGAGCUGUCCGAGGUGGGCGUCCAUCCUCGCUUGUGUCCUCCCUCAGUGGAAGGGCAAAGCCCGGCGCCUUGCAGAGAUGAGCGCGUAAGCCGCAGCCGAGGAGCUCGCUGGCCGUCGCCGCUCUUUCACCUGCCAGCCGACUUCUUCCACCCGGGCGCCCCCGAGAGCCCGGGGGAGAGAUCGCCGUCCAGGCCGGAUCAGCUGUCCUCCUGGGCCUCCCUGCGCUCGCCCGGAGCCAACAGAGGGCCGCCGCACUCACGGUACACAUCCCACAGCGACCCGUCCUCGGCCGCGGACGGUUCAGAAGACAGCCUGCAGACGGCGCCGGAGGGAGUUCUAAGCGUCUCGCCGCCUCGGGAACUGGAUCUCCCCUGUCGACUCUCCAGCCCCCCUUCAAAUGUCAGUGCAAGCCAGCAGCUGGGGCGCCCGACUGGGAAGAAACGGGUGUCCCCGGUUCGCUUCCAGGCCACUCGGGGCCACCGGAGGAGCCAGAGCAGCUCCGGCGGCGGCACCUCUACCCCCAAGGACUCCAUGGACCCGUCUGACUGCGCCUCUGAGGCUCUGAACAGCCUCUCGCUGAACUCGCUGCUCACGCCGGCCUCUUUGGCGCCCCCGCUGGUGAAGAAAUGUGACAGCACAGGCUCGCUGGACCAACCUAAGGGGAGCAAAGAUGGAUGCCAGCUCUCUGAGGACGAUGCUCACGGGUACUGGACGGCGGGUAGGGCGGGAGACGGCGACGUCACAGACUUCAGCGGGGAAAACGGCAACCGGGAUAGAGGCACAAACUCCCGAAAGAACAGAUGAAACUCUUCUUUUGGAAAUCCUGACUAGAGAGGGACUCUUCCGACUUGUUCUGUGACCCACCCAACUCGUCUUUGAACCGUCUGUUCCGUCACUCCCCUCCCGGGUUCCGGCUGCUAGGGCUCGGUUGUCAGUUCACUGACUCUGGAAUGAUGGUAAUUGUAGUGGUUCAUGAGGCUUCCUGGAAGCUGCUUGAAAAACGGGGAGAGGAUUCGGGACUCAGAACCGGGGCGCCUGCAAAAAAAACCCCAUGGUCAGUGUUGGUCACAUGGCACACUUUCUGCGGAAGAAGAAGCAGAACUCUACCUGUUUUUAUAUCCUUCUAGAUGGCUAAAAAGUAGCAUUGGACAAGAGACAGGAUGUUUCAAAGGUGAGCUAUUUUCUAGAAGUAGACUCAAAUGUUCUCUAAAGACGUUUCCAUCAAGCGGUCCAGUCUGGAUUAUUUUGAAAGUACCUACUAUGGAGUCAAAAGUAAGGGACUACAUUUAAAAAGCGUUGUUGGAAAACACCUUCAAAUUCAACCCACCAAUGCAGCUUCCGAAUGCUAAGGAGUGGGGACACUGAGCUGGCGUAUGCAACAAAGCUUUUCGGAAAGGUGUCACCCCCAUUAAACCAUCGAGAUUGAGUACCCCUUUUGGUGUAGCCCCUCAGUUGGAACUAGGAAUGGGUACCGAAUUUGGUACUUUCUAUAGGUACCGACCAAAUUCCAUUGGUACUACUGAGUACCAAUUAGUGUAAAAUUCAACAGUACCGUAUUCCGGUACUUUUGUUGCAGACUCUGCAUCGACUCAACCACUCGGUGGGCAAAUAGGCAAAAAGCGGGGAAAACAGUGCUCAAAAGUAAGGAAAUGCAUUUUAAAAACGUUGAAACAACACGUCUGUCCCCAUUGGUAAAUCCCACCAAUGCAGCUAUUGAAUGCUAACAUGAAGCUAGCUACCUAGCUAAAGAGUGGGGGACACUGGACCGUCCUAUGUAACAAGGUUUUUCGGAAAGGUGUCGCCCCCCUUAGACCAUCUGGAUUGAGUCCCCCAUAGGGUGCAGGCCCUUAAUUGGAACUAGGUAUGGGUACCAAAUUAGGUACUUUUUAUAGGUACCGACUGGCCAUUCAUGUAAAAUCAUCCAUUCAUCCAUCCAUUUUACUCCGCUUAUCCGAGUUCGGGUACGCAGCAGCCUAAGCAGAGAAGCCCAGACUUCCCUCUCCCCAGCCACUUCGUCCAGCUCCUCCCGGGGGAUCCCGAGGCGUUCCCAGGUCAGCCGGCAGACAUGGUCUUCCCAACGUGUCUUGGGUCUUCCCCUUGGCCUCCCGCCGGUCGGACGUGCCCCAAACACCUCCCUAGGGAGGCAUUCGGGUGGCAUCCUUACCAGAUGCCCGAACCACCUCAUCUGGCUCCUCUCGAUGUGGAGCAGCAGCGGCUUUACUCUGAGUUCCAGAGCUUCUCACCCUAUCUCUAAGGGAGAGCCCCGCCACCCGGUGGAAGAAAACUCAUUUUGGCCGCUUGUACCCGUGAUCUUGUCCUUUCGGUCAUCAUCAUCAUCGGCGGUCACUCGAACGAGUAUGACGAUCCUCCUGGUAGGGGUGUAUUCCUUUAUGGAGGAUGCCUGUGCGUGACUUAGUUUGACGUGGGGAGACUGGUGCACAGACAGUCACCACACGAUCCUUGACAGAAUCGGGUCAAUGGAGUCCAAGACGACUGGGGACCCUUUUCUGCCGCAGCCUUCUUCCGCCAUCGCAGCCGUUGUGGUAGUUCUUAAAAUCUACCGUCGUCCGCCUGCUCCGCCGUUGAGGUCUUCACCGUAUCCCUGGCUUGGGGGCAGUCAGGUACUAGGCCUUUGCCAAGGGCCACCUGGGGUAACAGUAGUAAAGGGGUUAACCUCCUAGUGCCCCAAGACCCCAUAGAGGAGCCUCCACUGCCGGAUACACUUUAACGUCAUGCCCAGGACAUAACCCAAAGCUCAUGACCAUAGGUGAGGAUGGGAACGUAGAUCAUGUAAAAUCAAGCAGUGCCAUAUUCUGGUACUUUUGUUGCAGAACUGCAUUUAAAGAACGUUAAAACAACACGUCUGUCCCUGUUGAAAAAAUGUUUUAAAAUUCAACCAACCAAUGCGGCUUUUGAAUGCUAACAUGUAGCUACCUAGCAAAGGAGCGGUGACACUAAACUGGCCUUUUUAACACGGUUUUUUGGAGAGGUGUUGCCCUUAGACCAUCUAGAUUGGGUCCCACAUAGGGUGCAGCCUCUCAAUUGGAACUCUUGAUGGGUACUGAAUGAAUUCCGUUGGUAUGACCGGGUACCGAAAAAUUUAAAAAUCAAACGGGUGCCAUAAUUCGGUACUUUUGUCGCAGAAUAGAAAGUUGCCUAGGAGAAAGUGUUCAAAAAGCAAGGCUCCACCUUUUCAAAAAGCGAUAGCUCGAUGCUAAUUUGGAUAUCCCAUUCACAUGCUACGGAUUAGCAUUAGCGAUUUUACAUGACGAUUUCAACACCUCCAAAUUUGGUAAUGAAAACUACAACUUGUAAAUUGUGAAUAGUAAUUUGUUGUGUAGUCUAUACACACUAGCGCCAUCUAAUAUAUUGGAAUUGCAACUGCAUGCGGUCUACGAUAUAAUACUUGCAAAUCAUAUUCAGAUGUGGAAGAAAACAAGACAUAUAUUAUAUUAAUGUCACGUAAAAAAAUAAAAAAUUAACACAAAGUACCGGAAAUUGGUACUGUUGAGUACCGGUAUCAAUUCCUCGGUACCUGAAAUCGGUUAAAAUGUUAAAGGUGUGGUCCCAGAAUGGUGCCCGGAAGUGGCCCAGGUUAAUCAUCUUGCUAAUGUAAACAGUGACGGACCAAACUGUUCUGCUUGGUGGAAACCGGUCUCAGGGGCCAGUCUAAAGUCCCGACUGCGUGGAUCAUGGCUGCUGCCGAUCACGUGGGCUCCUUGGUGGCGCCCACGUAUCCAAGAAAGGGCUAAAAUGUACCGAGUUGCAGACCUGGGCCAAAUACUCCGAUCUUUUCUUCUACACCCGUUUUCAUCCGAUCCGAACCGUUGAAGUAUCGAAACGUUCGGCUCGGCCGGCUUACCGUAGCAACCUUUUUUUUUUUUAUCUUCUCAAAAUUUACAGAUUACCUGGAGUUCCAGAUUUUCCAGGAAAUGUAAAACUUGGUAUGUGACACAUGCUAACUGUUAGCAUGCUCAUGUUAGCAUACUAUCAUGCUAACUUUUUUUAUCCAACUUUACAGCCGUUGACCUCGGAGUCAUAUAACUUGGUACUUGACACAUGUUAACUGUUGGCAUGUUAGCAUUAUCAUUUUAUCAUGCUAAUUAUUUUUGGCCAAUUUUUCAACAUUACACCUCAGAGUCAUAUAACUAUGCUGUUAGCAUAUUAACAGUAGCAUUCUAACAUUAGCUUGCUAACUUUUUUAGCCAAGUUUUCACCCGUGUGCACCACAGAGUCAUAUAACUUGGUACGUGACACAUGCUAACUGUUAGCAUGCUACCAUUAGUUUUCUACCAUUAGCUUGCUAACUUUUCUAGCCCAUUUUUCAGCCGUGUGCCUCAGAGUCAUAUACCUUGGUACGUGACUCAUGCUAACUGUUAGCAUGCCACCAUUAGCUCGAUAACUUUUCUAACCAUUUUUUUAGCCGUAUGCCUCAGAGUCAUAUAACAUGGUAUGUGACACAUGCCAACUGUUAUGCAUACGAACUUUAACAUGCUACCAUUAGCUUGCUAACUUUUCUAGCCCAUUUUUCAGCCGUAUGCCUCAGUCAUAUGACUUGGUACGUGACGCAUUCUAGCUGUUAACAUGCUACCAUUAGCUCUGUAACUUUUCUAACCAUUUUUCAGCCGUAUGCUUCAGAGUCAUAUACCUUCGUACAUGGCACAUGCUAACUUUUAGCAUACUAAUGCUAGGAUGCUACAUUAGCCUACUAACUUUUCUUGCCAAUCUUUCAGCCGUAUGCCUCAGAGUCAUAUAACUUGGUACGUGACACAUGCUAACUGUUAUUCAUGCUAACCUUAACAUGCCACCAUUAGCUUGCUAACUUUUCUAGCCCAUUUUUCAGCCGUAUGCCUCAGCGUCACAUGACUUGGUAUGUGACACAUUCUAACUGUUAGCACGCUACCAUUAGCUUGUUAACUUUUCUGGCCAAUUUUUCAGCCAUAUGCCUCACUUAUAUAACUUGGUACGUGACACAUGCUAACUGUUACUUAUACUAACCAUAGCGUGCCACCAUUAGCUUGCUAAUGUUUCUAGACAAUUUUUCAGCCCUAUGCCUCAGUCAUAUGCCUUUGUACAUGACACAUGCUAACUGUUAGCAUACUAAUGUUCGGAUGCUACCAUCAGCUUACUAACUUUUCUAGCCAAUCUUUCAGCCGUAUGCCUCAGACUCAUAUAACGUCGUACGUGACACAUACUAACUGUUAUUCAUGCUAACCAUAGCAUGCCACCAUUAGCUUGCUAACGUUUCUAGCCCAUUUUUCAGCCGUAUGCCUCAGAGUCAUAUGACUUGGUACGUGACGCAUUCUAACUGCUAGCAUGCUACCAUUAGCUCGACAUCGUUUCUAGACAAUUUUUCAGCCGUACGCCUCAGUCAUAUACCUUCGUACAUGACACAUGCUAACUGUUAGCAUACUAAUGCUAGGAUGCUACCAUUAGCCGACUAUCUUUUCUGGCCAAUUUUUCAGCCAUAUGCCUCAGUUAGAUAACUUGGUACGUGACACAUUCUAACUGUUAGCACGCUACCAUUAGCUUGUUAACUUUUCUGGCCAAUUUUUCAGCCAUAUGCCUCAGUUAUAUAACCUGGUACGUGACACAUGCUAACUGUUAUUUAUACUAAACAUAGCAUGCCACCAUUAGCUUGCUAAAGUUUUUAGCCAAUUUUUCAGCUAUACGCCUCAGUCAUAUACCUUUUGUACAUGACAGAUGCUAACUGUUAGCAUACUAAUGUUCGGAUGCUACCAUUAGCUUACUAACUUUUCCAGCCAAUCUCUCAGCCGUAUGCCUCAGAGUCAUAUAACUUGGUACGUGACACAUGCUAACUGUUAUUCAUGCUAACCUUAGCAUGCCACCAUUAGCUUGCUAACGUUUCUAGCCCAUUUUUCAGCCGUAUGCCUCAGAGUCAUAUGACUUGGUACGUGACGCAUUCUAACUGUUAGCAUGCUACCAUUAGCUCGACAUCGUUUCUAGCCAAUUCUUCAGCCGUACGCCUCAGUCAUAUACCUUCGUACAUGACACAUGCUAACUGUUAGCAUACUAAUGCUAGGAUGCUACCAUUAGCCGACUAUCUUUUCUGGCCAAUUUUUCAGCCAUAUGCCUCAGUUAGAUAACUUGGUACGUGACACAUUCUAACUGUUAGCACGCUACCAUUAGCUUGUUAACUUUUCUAGCCAAUUUUUCAGCCAUAUGCCUCAGUUAUAUAACCUGGUACGUGACACAUGCUAACUGUUAUUUAUACUAAACAUAGCAUGCCACCAUUAGCUUGCUAACGUUUCUAGCCCAUUUUUCUGCCGUAUGCCUCUGAGUCAUAUGACUUGGUACGUGACGCAUUCUAACUGUUAGCAUGCUACCAUUAGCUCGACAUCGUUUCUAGCCAAUUUUUCAGCCGUACGCCUCAGUCAUAUACCUUCGUACAUGACACAUGCUAACUGUUAGCAUACUAAUGUUCGGAUGCUACCAUUAGCUUACUAACUUUUCCAGCCAAUCUUUCAGCCGUAUGCCUCAGAGUCAUAUAACUUGGUACGUGACACAUGCUAACUGUUAUUCAUGCUAACCUUAGCAUGCUACCAUUAGCUUGCUAACUUAAGAUCGCCGGCUCGCGCGUUUCAACCCCCUCGACGGCCGUCUUUGCUUAUUUUUUUUGUGUUCUCACACUGUCAGGUUCAAACACUGAUGACAUUUAUUAAAAAAGACAAAGAAGCAAGGAAUUAAACAGAGACAGAAUUCAAUUUAGCUCAAUUGAGGAGAAACGUCUGGGCUGUACUCUUGUACAGUCUCCCACCACGCUCUGAUGAAAGAUU